AUGACUCUUAUCUACUCCCUCAAAUAUGCCCUCGCAGACUACCUCACCCGCCGCUUGUCCCCCGCAAAACCGAUAACCUCCCAAUCCGACUCCCUCAAUCCCUCUCCCUGUCCUCACCCCCACCGCUACAUCUUCACCUCUCUCCUCGCAUUCACCUUCCUGACGCUCAAACCGCCUCUCCUGCUUCUCUCUGAUUUUCUGUCUCUGUUCAAACCCGCCUCCCCCGCGCAGUCCUGGCUGCUCUCCGUCGCCACCCCGCUGCCUAUCCUCAUCCUCCUCCACCCGCACCCCUCCUCCCUCACAUUCGCCCAACGCACCCGCUACUCAAGCUACGCAAGCUCCCUCUCACCCUGGUGCGCGACCGCCGAACUCACCACCUUCCGCGCCCGCCGGCAGCGCGAGAUCGCGUACGAGCGGUGGUACGCGGACUGGGCCGCCUUCUACAGUCCCGAGCAUGAGGACGCGCGCCUGAGUUUCGGGAGAGCAGUCGGGGUCUGGGUGCCGCUGAUUGUGCAGAUGCUGGUGAAGUAUCUUUUGGAGUGUGCGGAGGACGUGGAUGUUUUGCUGGCGCGGGGGGAGGCGGUGAAAUGUCAUCGGCUGGCGCUGUACUGCUCGCAUCUGCUCGAGACGCGGUCGUCGUCGUCUUCUACACCUAUCAUCGACCCCUGCGCGCUCUCGUCUCUAAAUCUUUCAGCAGAAGACGUGGCUGCGUUUUUGAAGUUGGUGCUGAUGGAAGUCCCAGCCGGCGUCGUCGGCAGCGCAGACGGAUACUUUGCCAUCGUCGACGCGGUUGCCUGUAAUUCGAGCAAAAAAGACAAGAGGAUCGCGGUCACGAUCGCGACCUUGGGUAAUCCGCAUUCAAACCUCUUCAUCGCAAUCCUCUCUCUCCUCCACCACUUCCUCUCCCUCCCUCCCUCCUCCUCCUCCUCCUCCUCCUCCUUCACAACCUCAUCUGACCUCCUACAAACCUACGCCCCGAUCCUGCUCGGCGCCGCAAUCGACCCCAUCAGCGCCCUUUACCGCGCCCAAAUCUCUGCUUUCGCACUUGAUUUCAAUCGCGAGCUUGAUCUGCAGCGGUUUGUAGAAGAUCACGCUGCGAGUGUAUUUGCUGAUGUGGUAGGGAGAUGGGAUGCCGUCGUCGCGGCUUGGGAGGCUGUGUUUUCGGUUGAUGCGGGGGAUGUCUGUUGAAUUUUUUUCUGUUUUGAGGUUGAUGUGUCUCUCGUUGAGGGAGAGGAUGGGUAGAUUUCGGUUUAGUUUAUAUUUUACUUUGUCAAUUUCAAGCCAACGAAUCCGUAUCUACAAUGAACACAAGCAUCAACAAA